CAAAACCUUCCUGCCUGCACCUUCAGACUAAGCCAUGGCGUUCCCAUUCUUGGAAGCUGUUAUCGGUUUUAUGAUUUUGAUGUACAACUUUGAAACUUAUUUGGAUUUGCGCCAACAUGCUGCUCUUAAACUUCCAACACUUCCUAGAACCUUGGAAGGAGUAAUAAGCCAAGAAAAAUUUGAGAAGUCGCGAGCCUACUGUCUUGAAAGAAGCAACUUCCAUUUUGUUCACGAUUUUGUGACAUUACUUAUGGACACAGCAAUUUUGUUCUAUCGGAUUUUGCCUUGGUUUUGGAAGAAAUCAGGAGAUUUUGUGGUCUUAGCUGGCCUAAAUGCCGAAAAUGAAAUACGGCAUACCCUUUCUUUUUUAGCUGGUGUGAUGAUCUGGGAACAGAUCACAGAUCUACCAUUUUCUCUCUAUUCCACAUUCGUGAUUGAGGCUCGUCAUGGUUUCAAUAAGCAAACAAUAUGGUUGUUCUUGAAAGACAUGUUAAAAGAAAUGUGUCUUUCUGUUAUUCUUGCCCCACCUAUUGUGUCUGCAAUCAUUGUGAUUGUACAGAAUGGAGGUGCUUACUUGGUCAUUUAUCUUUGGACAUUCAUGCUUGUCCUCUCUUUUGUGAUGAUGACGAUCUACCCUACUUUAAUAGCCCCACUCUUCAACAAGUUCACCCCUCUUCCGGAGGGUCAGCUGAGGGAGAAAAUUGAGAAGUUCGCUUCUUCCCUCAAGUUUCCAUUGAAGAAGUUGUUUGUUGUUGAUGGAUCUAUAAGGUCAAGUCACAGCAAUGCCUAUAUGUAUGGAUUUUUCAAGAACAAGAGGAUUGUUCUUUAUGAUACACUGAUCCAGCAGUGCAAAAAUGAUGAGGAAAUUGUAGCUGUUCUAGCUCAUGAGCUAGGCCAUUGGAAGCUUAAUCACAGUGUUUACUUAUUCAUUUCUAGGCAGAUCCGUACACUUUUACACUUCGGGGGAUAUGCUCUCCUGAGAAACUCCAGCAGUCUGUUUCAGAGUUUCGGGUUUGACACUCAACCAGUAAUUAUUGGUCUCAUCAUAUUUCAGUAUACCAUAACACCUAUCCAGUACCUUGUAAACUUCGCUCGUAACCUUGUGAGCCGAGCUUUUGAGUUUCAGGCUGAUGCUUUUGCUAAGAAACUUGGUUAUGCCUCUUCACUCCGAGCCAGUCUUGUUAGGCUACAGGAAGAGAACUUGUCAGCUAUGAACACUGAUCCUUGGUACUCGGCAUAUCACUAUUCACAUCCCCCACUUGUUGAAAGGUUGGCUGCAAUCGGUGAAACAGACAAGAAAGCAGACUGAUAUGUGAAACCUAUGGAUGAUCAGCAGCACAAAGACGAUUUCUUAUCAAUCUUAAUCGACAAAUUGUACGUACUUUGCUCAUCAUGAUCAUCAAGUACUAGUAUCUGUCUUAAUAUUUAUAGUAAAUCAAUGACAAUGGAUCCGCAUGGCGCAUCACCUUGCC